AUGACAGCAGAGAACAGAAUCGAACCACCAUCUAGCCCUUGGAAGACGCAGACCGAGGAGACGCUCCGAGUCGUGCCCAAGGUGCUUGCCGCCCUGAAUCCCCGGGUGUACUUGUCCAUGAACUGGCCAAAGACGCACAGCAUCAAUCCGGGCGUGCAGUGGCUGGUGAGGGAGCGGGUGGAGAAGUUCCGCAGGAUCCUGGCAGGGAUGAUCUCCGAUCGAAUGGCCUUGCCCAUAGACGCAAAGCACGACCUCUUCUCAUUCGUCGCAAGCGAUGAGAGGAUCGAUCAGGCGAAGCAGGAGGGCAUCCGGAAGAGCGAGAUCUGGGGCGAGGCGGGCGUGUUAGGCAAGUUUCGCCACUGGUCCGUUACUGACUGCCAGUGCUAA